UGCUGCUGCCCUCCUCUUUGUCUUUCAUCUGCAUCCUCUCUACAUUUGUGACAUUUGGUGAGGAGGGGGUCGAUGUGCCAGCAGCUCGGUGAUAAGGGUCAGACGGAGGAUGUGUGAGGAUUUCAACAAAGAACAGUGAACAGUGCUUGACUUUACAUAGUGGCAGGAUAAACAGAGGAGCCUAUUGUCCUGUAUUGUAUGCAAUGCCAGGUGAGGAAGAGUGAUUCCCUGGGAGCUGUGCGUUUGCAGUAAAAUGAGUUCAUCACGGAGCAGGGCGCGCAGCGUGAGGUUCGAUGUCAACAUUUGUUCAAUAGAUUCUGACUAUGAGAAUCUGAGUGAAGGUCAACCAGGUCAGGGCUCCUUCGGUGAACCGGCAGAUGGCCCCCAGAGGUGCCCUGAGACCCUGCAGUUGGAUAUGUUUGAAAGCACAGAGAGCUGGUCAUCCACAAGUGACCACAUCACACCUCUGCGGAGGAACCACUGUUCAGCUGCCACCCAGAAGGUCCUCUCUCACAUGCCGAGCUGCACCGCUGGGAAAUAUAAUUCUGCAGUAAUCUCCAACAAGAAGGACCAGCUGGUGACCGACCUCCGAGGCCUCUCUGUGAGAGAGGGCAAGCGGAAGCUGCGGGCCAUGCCACUCAGCCUGGGCAGUAAGAUGGAGCUCAGGCGACUUGCUUUUAGGGACGUAGCUAAAGGUUCAACUACCAGCAGAGUUAUUCCAUGCUGCAGUGAUCACAGUGGGCACAUUUCAAAGACUUGUCGUCAAUGCCUGUUCGGCUGCCUCAACGUCCUCGGCUCCCUCCAGCUGUGGCAUUCAGCCAUGAAGAAGGUGAGCGGACGCUUCGGAACCGGAGUGCUCUCCUAUUUCCUCUUCCUCCGAACCCUCCUGGGCUUGAACCUCCUGCUCUUCAUCAUCAACGGCCUGUUCGUGGUCAUCCCUCAAGCCAUCCACCCUCCUCAUGGUUAUAACUCUUACACUUUCACUGGUCUUGAGCUUUUAACAGGCAAGGGCUACUUCUCUCAUAGUUUGAUGUUUUAUGGCUACUACACCAACACCAACCUCACAACUUGUCAUGCUGCUCAUUGGACCCCUGGUUCCACUGGUGAAUCCCUUAACCCGUGCGACACGGUGCCAUACAACAUGCCUGCAGCCUACCUCCUCACCCUCGCCUCGUCCUUCUUCAUUAUCUGCAUGAUCCUGGUGUACAGCAUUUCCAAGUCCUUCGGGAGAAGUUUUCACGUCCUGAAGUCGAAUGGGAAUCUGGCAGUAAACGUUUUCUGCGCCUGGGACUUUAAACUAAGCAAGAAGACGUCUGUCAGAUUUCAGUCUGAGAAAAUCAGCAAUCAGCUCAAAGAGCUUCUGUCUGAGAUGAUCACAGGAGACGGUGAAAAGAGCUGCACCCAGCGACUCUGCCGCCUCAUCGUGCACUUGCUGGCGUGGACUUUGUGUCUGUCCAGCAUCUGCCUGGGCGCCAUGGGGGUCUACUACCUGUCAGAGGCCACCAUUGCAACCGACGGAGACACUGAGGUGCUGCUCUUGCCUGCAGUGGUGUCGGGCAUCAACCUGCUCCUCCCGGGCCUCUUCAACCUGUGUGCGUGGGUCGAGAAACACGACUCACCCAGUGUCUGUGUCCAUGUUUCCAUCUUUAGGAACCUGUUGUUGAAGAUCACUAUUGUUGGAAUGCUGUGUUACCACUGGCUGGGGAGAAUUUCUGUGGAACCAGGAAGGCAGAAUUCCCAGUGCUGGGAGGACAUUGUGGGUCAGGAAGUGUACCGCUUGCUCCUGAUGGACUUUAUCUUCACGUUGCUUUACACCUUUCUGGGAGAGUUCCUGUGGAGGCUCUUUUCCAAGCAAGUGCGGGGAAGGGACAGAAAGCCAGUGUUUGACAUUGCUCGUAAUGUGAUGGAGCUCAUUUAUGGACAAACUCUUACUUGGAUCGGGGUGCUGUUUGCUCCACUUCUACCCGCAGUGCAAAUUAUAAAACUGCUUGUGCUGUUUUACAUCAAGAAGAGCAGUCUGAUGGUAAACUGUCAGGCCCCCAGAAAGCCCUGGAGGGCCAGUCAGAUGACAACACUGUUCAUUACCAUGUUGUGUUUCCCGUCAUUUGUCAGCGCUGCCGUGUCUGUCUCUUAUACGAUUUGGAAGAUUAAACCCUCAUCCGGGUGCGGACCUUUCAGGAAUCUCGACACAAUGUUUCAGUCGGGGAGCCAGUGGGGCCAGGGGCUGAAGAACGCCCACCCAGUCUUGUCAGGGCUCAGCUGGGUCUAUAACUCUUUGGUGGAGAACCCAGUUUUCUUAUUCCUCGCCAGUGGAGUCUUCUUAUUGGUGAUAUACUUUCACGCCCAAGUUGUUGAUGGCCAAAAGAAAAUCAUCAGUCGGUUAGAAAGUCAAAUAGAAAACGAGGGUAAGGACAAAAAGUUCCUUAUCACCAGACUGCAAGCGACUUGUGAACAGAAUAGUCUGGUUUCUCAUAGAUAAGGUUGUGGCUGAACAUCAGUGACAGCUCUGAUCCCAUCUCUGCCAAGAUGGUUGUUGUUUUAUAUAUACUGUUUGUAUACUGUAUAUGCAGAAUUAUGAUAUUAAAUGUGUUGUGUACAAAGACAAAAUAAAUGUACUGUUAUUUGAG